CGCCUAAACCGCCUAAACCGUCUAAACACUCUUAACUAAUCAGGCGAGCGUAUAUAUUAUAUUUAUAUUUUGGCGCCUUCAUUACUACCCCUUAACUCAAAACAAAACCUAGCUCUAAGUUUUUAUUCUUCCACUUUGAUUACUGUCCCUUAACUCAAAACCCUAGCUCUUAAGUUUCUCAUUCUUUCACAUUCAUUCAUGGCUGAUAAACUAAUUUUCAGGUGUAUUCCCGGUUGUAUGUAUUGUUCUUAUAAUGAUACUAAUUGCAAUGGGAAUUGCAUUUUCUCUGAAACGCUUCCCCUUCCGGAGGACUAUGCAGUUUUUCAUAAAUUGGAAAAAUUACUUGGAACAGAUCGUCUGAAAAAGGCCCUUGUUAUUGCAAAGGAAUUGGGAAAAGCAAUUGGCCAUGUGAACUACGCUAAAGAAUGGGCAGAAACCCAAUAUUGGUUGACAGGGUCUUCUGGAGGUGAAGCCCAAGAUCUGGCUUACCUUGACAAAGAUCUGAAAAAGUUAACUGUUGACUUUAGUGAACUCCGUGAUUUUGUUUCCAAUCUUAGAAAUGGAUUCUUACCUUUUGUAAAGAAGCAGAUAGGUACAAACCUCUCCACGACACAGAAGUUUUCUGAUAUUUUAAGGUCUUCUGUUGCGGCUGGCAGUGAAGCCCAAGAUCCGGCUAAGCUCGACUUUAGUAAACUACAUGAUGUUAUACUGGGCUUAGAAAUGGUUUCUUAUCUUUCGUGAAGAGUCAGAUCUGUACCAACCUCUCAACAACACAGAAGUUUUCUGAUAUUUCUAGGUAAGUCGUAUUGUAUUUUAAAUGCUUUGUAUGUUAAUCUUACUUUAUAUCGGUGGACUAUGUGAGAAAUGAAUUGUUAAGCUGGAGGUUAAAGAUGAUGUGGCAUUUGACCUUUGGGGUGUCUUCCUACUUUGUUUUAUGAUAGAAGUAUUUGUGUUGGCAUGUGACAAGAACACCUUGAUACGUAGCUAGAUAUCUAGGUGAAUGCUGUUUCAGGCUAUUACCCAUCGCUAUCUAGAUUUAGUGCUUUGUUGAGAUUGUGGUGGAGGUUCUUGCAUUAGGGUGUACUGUAGAUUGUAGUUUGUUCUGCUGCAAAUUUGUUUUUCAUUUCAUAUUUUCUAAUAUAUAUUGUUAAUUACUGAUAUGUGUUUUAAAGUGUAUCAUUGUUUUGGAGGAAUCAUAGGUACAAGUACGGCAUUGUACCUCACAUUGUAGUCUCCAAGGAAUUGCCACUUUUAUUUUUAUUGUCUGAUGUUUGAUAUGUGUAUCAGUUGAAGUGGCGUUUCAUGGAGGGAGGGUCUUCCAACACCAGAUUGUUUUGAUGCUUGUUUGUAAUCAAGAAAUUUAACUGAAAUAUGAUACAGGUGAAAGUUAGUAGAUGUUGCAUACUAGUUUCGUGUUUUUGGGUCAAAUUUUUUUGCAGGUCAAUUGAAAUAAAUCGAAAUGAACUUUCGAAGCUGCAGAAUAUUGUAAGUCUUCAAAAUGCAGCGUCUAUCUCCAACGGGCUGCCUGAUUUUUCUGCUUUGCGUUCUCUAAUGGAUAAUGUAAACUGUUUGAACAGGUCCUUGGGGCG